AUGCCUGGCAUUCACGAUGCUCAUGUUCAUAUAUUUAUCACGGGCUUGGCUACCCUAUCGAAUAUCAAACCCGGCAUGGAUGCAAAGAAGUCGAAUAUAACCGAAAGGCCGAGAUCGCCUGGGUGUGUUUGUGAGUUUGCGGAUGCAUACGGCGAUCAGAUUGUUACCGAUCUUUGUUGCAUCGAUGAUUACGAUCGAGGAGUUCUAGAUCGCAACUUUCCCAACACUCUGGUGAUGCUUCAUGGGGGUGCCAGUCAUGCAAUGUUUCUAAAUAGCGCUACCCUCAACAGAAUUUUUUCAGAGGAGGAUGCGCUGAACAGCAAACAUUUACGACGCACUGAUUGGACAUUGAUGGGUGAUAUUACCGAACUAGACGUGACUAAGGCCGCUCUCGCAUUGCCGCAGCGGGCGAUGGAUCUUGUCAAACGCAGCAUCACGCACGAUAUUAGCUGGAUGCAGAGUGGUGGAGUGACAAGUGUCCAAGAAUAA